AUGGAAUCGAAACCGGAGAGCUCCAUGGAGGCACAAUUGCCUCAGUACACGGUAGCAGACGUCGCAUCGCAUAACCGCAAGGACGACCUCUGGAUUGUCGUCCACGGGAAAGGUAAGAGAAACACAUCAACAGUCCAGUUUGAUGCCGGCACCGAUGCCACGGAAGCCUUUGAGGAUGUUGGUCAUUCCGACGACUCUCGGGAGAUCAUGGAAGAUUAUCUGAUUGGCACUCUUCAAGGCGCCAAAGAAUAUGUUGCGCCAAAGGCAGUUCGCGUUAUUGCUCAGAAACCAGUGCCAGUUCCUCAACAGUCUUCAAGCGGUUCGAUUGGUGCGGUGACAGGUGUUGUGGGUGCGGUGGCAUCACUCAUCUACGCAUAUAAUCGCGGAGCGUUGGGUUCUCUGAAUUUGCAACGACAUAUCGGCAACGGCGUGCCCCAAUACUUCAGUGGUAUGCGACUGCCGCGCGGAGGCUUCGCGAUUGGGUUCCUCACGGCUACCACUAUCUCCGCGGCGGUUGGAAGUGCAGUAGCACGACAGGCUGCUAAAUUUCUCAAGAUCGAAUCUGGAUUUGCUCGCUACCCGCUGCACAAGAAAGCGCGCAAGGUGGUCAGGGCCGACCCGCACUCAGUUAAGGGAUUCCUCGAUCCGAAAGAGUACCAGCGCCUGCCUUUGGUUGAGAAGGAGCUCCUGUCCCCCAAUGUGUACCGAUUUGUGUUCGCAUUGCCAGAUGCCCGAGGGGUUUUGGGACUCCCGAUCGGCCAGCACGUUGCCAUCCGCGCCGAGAUCGACGGCACUACGGUGACGAGGUCCUACACACCCGUAUCCAACAACCUGGACAAGGGUCGCAUCGAAUUGGUCAUUAAAUGCUACCCCGACGGACUGCUCAGCGGCCGAUACCUUGCCAACCUGCAGGUGGGUGACGAAGUGGAAUUCCGGGGGCCCAAGGGAGCUAUGCGCUACAGCAAAGGACUCGGUACCAAGCUGGGGAUGGUCGCCGGCGGCACGGGGAUCACGCCGAUGUACCAGCUCAUCCGUGCCAUCUGCGAGGACGAGCGGGACACGACGAAGAUCAGCCUGAUCUAUGCUAAUCGAUCCGAGGGCGACAUCCUGCUUCGAGAAGAACUGGAACGGUUUGCGCGCCAGUAUCCCCAGAAUUUCAAACUGUGGUACAUGCUAGACACGGCGCCCGAGAAUUGGCAGUACGGAACGGGGUAUGUGGACCAGGCCGUGCUAACUGAGCGACUACCAGAGCCUUCGGAGGGCACCAAAGUCAUGCUCUGUGGGCCGCCUGGCAUGAUCAAUGCCUGUAAGAAAACGUUGGUGGGAAUGGGAUUCAAGGCGCCGGGGGCGGUUUCGAAGAUGAGCGAACAGAUCUUUUGUUUCUAG